AUGCAAUUUCGUGCAUGUAGAGAGUCUGGAGACUGGCAGGAAACAAGGACAGCAGCCCAACAAAGACAAAGACUUAAUGAUACACCACAUGUACUCUCUCGAGGUGGUUAUGCAUUAUUGGAGAAAAAAUUGAAAAAGUCGCGUGCACAGACUCUGGGACUUGAGUCCCCUGACCUAGUGGAUGCAAUUCCUAGGUACGAGAUGUGGAAGGCUGCUCGGACUAAGUCCGAUGGGCAAAUGACAUCACAAUCAGCUCAAAUCAUAUCUCAAAAAAUAGAUGAAUUAAUUGAGCAAGAGACUCAGGGUUCGUUUGUUGGCCAUGGUCGGGACGAUAUACUCACAACGGCAAUUGGAAGGCCAGAGCACCCAGGACGUGUGCGUGGUGUUGGAGGUGCCAUUGGUCUUCGAGAUUACUUUGGUCCUCCACAAAGAAGUAAUGAAUCGUUGAGUCAAGAGGCCUUGAGGAAGAUGGAGCAACAAAUGGAGGAAAGAUUCAACCAACGCAUGGGAAUUAUGGAGCAACGUUUUAUGGAACAACUUCAACAGCAACAACAAAUACAAAGAACACUUGAAGAAAAGCUUCAGUCCAUGCAGCAACAGAACAUGGAAUUACCCACUCAAGCUCCAAUAGGACAACGUGUGAGUACAAAAGGCUCAUGCUCUGGUGUAGAUCAUACUGACUACACAAGUCAGUAUGAGCUAUUGGUUGAUGAAGACCCCCCGCGCGUAGUGGCCAUAGGACGACAACUUCAGGGUGGGGAGACUAUCCAUGGUGUUCCUCUAUUGCCCCAUCAUGUGCGUGUGAUGAUUGAUGAAGUUCGAGAUCCCCAUGCCCAAGUGCCUGUGCCAACUUCAGAAAUCCAAUUUGUUGGGGAAGCUUUAGGCACAUUUAUUGCUUGGCCUAAAGCAUUGAUCAUGCCAUACUUUAGCCCACCAAAGUCCACUCGUCCUGAAAAACAGCCGGUCCGACGUCCACGUGUUAUACGUGAAGAUGAUGAAAUGGCGGAAGCAGAAGAUGAUCCUCUAGGAAAGCUGCUUCUGAAAUUACACAAGUUGAAAAGAUGA